CCGGGCUCGGUGCGUCCGUCCGCGGGUGGCUGCCCCGCAGGUGCGCGCGGCCGGGGCUGGCGGCGACUCCCUCUACCGGGCCGCCCGGGAGGCUCAUGCAGCGCUGCUGGGUCCCGCCGCGCCCGGAGCGGGGAAGUGAAAGUGCCUUGGAGGAGGAGGGCCGGUCCGGCCGUGCAGCCGCCUCACAGGUCCGCGGGCGGGCGAGGCGGGCGGCCUCCUGAACCGAACCGAAUCGGCUCCCGGGGCCGCCGUCCUCCCGCCACUCCUCGCCCGCCGCCAGUUUUCUUUCGGUUUCUUCCAAGAUUCCUGGCCGUCCCUCGACGGAGCUCGGGCCCAGUGCGGGGGCGCAGGGCGCGGGAGCUCCACCUCCUGGGCUUUCCCUGCGUGCAGAGGCUGGCACGGCGCGGGCCGGGUACUGAGCGCACGGUCGGGGCACAGCGGGGGCGGGGGGUGCCGCCGGCUCGCGCCUUCUCUUCGGCCGCCGUCUCCUCCGGUCCCUGGCGAAAGCCAUUGAGAAACCAGCGGGACGUCACGCGCCGGAGCCUGUGUGGGAGUCAGAGCGAGGUGGCUCCAUCCCCGCAGAGUCCGCGGAGCCCCGAGAUGGGACGGGACUUGGGGCUCGGGUCCCUCGUGCUCCUCCUGCUCCUGCUGGUGUACCUGACUCAGCCAGGCAAUGGCAACGAGGGCAGCGUCACUGGAAGUUGUUAUUGUGGUAAAAUAAUUUCUUCUGACUCCCCGCCAUCGGUUCAGUUCAUGAAUCGUCUCCGGAAACACCUGAGAACAUAUCAUCGCUGUCUAUACUACACCAGGUUCCAGUUCCUUUCCUGGAGCGUGUGUGGGGGCAACAAGGACCCAUGGGUGCUGGAAUUGAUGAGCUGUCUUGAUCUCAAAGAAUGUGGACAUGCUUACUCGGGGAUUGUGGCCCACCAGAAGCAUUUAGUUCCUACCAGCCCCCCAAUUUCUCAGGCCUCAGAGGGGGCAUCUUCAGACAUCCACACCCCUGCCCAGAUGCUCCUGUCCGCUUUGCAGUCCACCCAGCGCCCCACCCUCCCAGUGGGAUCACUGUCCUUGGACAAAGAACUCACUCGUCCCAAUGAAACCACCGUUCACACUGCGGGCCACAGUCUGGCAGUUGGGCGUGAGGCUGGGGAGAACCAGAAGCAGCCGGAAAAAAAUGCUGGUACCACAGCCACAGUGGCGGUCCUGUGCCUCCUGGCUAUCGUCUUCAUCCUCACCGCAGCCCUUUCCUAUGUGCUGUGCAAGAGGAGGAGGGGGCAGUCACCGCAGUCCUCUCCAGAUUUGCAGUUUCAUUAUAUACCUGUGGCACCUGACUCUAAUACCUCAGCCAAGAAUGGAAGCUUGUGAGGGUAAACUGGUUUAUUCUUACAAAAAGUGUAAUAAAGGAGACUGGCCCGUGACAACAUGGUAGACUGUAUACAUAUUUUUGUUUUUCGUUUUUUAGAGACGGACUCUAUGUUGCCCAGGCUGUUAUGGAACUGUUAUGUAGUCAAGUGAUCCUCCCACCUUGGCCUCUGAGGAUUAUAGGUGUGACCUACCACAUCCAGCCUACAUGUAUUUGUUAAUAUCUAACAUAGGACUAAGCAGCCACUGCCCUCUUUUAGGCCCCUCAUUUAAAAACGGUUAUAUUAUAAAAUCUGCUUUUCACACUGGGUGAUAACUUGGACAAAUUCUACGUGUAUUUUUUGUUUUGUUUUGCUUUGCUUUGUUUUGACACGGAGUAUCGCUCUGCCAUCCAGGCCGGAGUACAGUGGCAUGAUCUCGGCUCACUGCACCCCCACCUCCCAGGUUCAAGCGAUUCUCCUGCCUCAGCCUCCUGAGUAGCUGUGAUUACAGGCACGCACCACCACACCGGCUAAUUUUUUUUUUUUUGAGAUGGAGUCUUGCUCUGUCGCCAGGCUGGAGUGCAGGGGGCACAAUCUUGGCUCACUGCAACCUCUGCCUCCUGGGUUCAAGCGAUUCUCCUGUCUCAGCCUCCUGAGUAGCUCGGAUUACAGGCGUGCGCCACUACGCCCAGCUAAUUUUUGUACUUUUAAUAGAGAUGGAGUUUCACCAUGUUGGCCAGGAUGGUCUUGAUCUCUUGACCUUGUGAUCCACCCGCCUCGGCCUCCCAAAGUGCUGGGAUUACAGGCGUGAGCCACUGCGCCCGGCCACACCAGCUAAUUUUUUGUAUUUUUAGUAGAGACGGGGUUUCACCAUGUUGGCCAGGCAGGUCUCGAACUCCUGACCUGGUGAUCUGCCCACCUAGGCCUCCCAAAGUGCUGGGAUUAAAGGUGUGAGCCACCAUGCCUGGCCCUAUGUGUGUUUUUUAACUACUAAAAAUUAUUUUUGUAAUGAUUGAGUCUUCUUUAUGGAAACUACUGGCCUCGGCCCUUGCGCCCUUACCAUGAUUCCUGGCUUCAGCUUUUUUUGCUGAUGGUUCCCCCUCAUCCCAAAUCUCUCUCCCAGUACACCAGUUGUUCCUCCCCCACCUCAGCCCUCUCCUGCAUCCUCCUGUCCCCGCAACGAAGGCCUGGGCUUUCCCACCCUCCCUCCUUAGCAGGCGCUGUGCUGGGACACCAUAUGGGCUGGUUUCACUUCCUCAGUCCCUUGCCUACCCCAGUGAGAGUCUGAUCUUGUUUUUAUUGUUAUUUUAUUAUUAUUAAAACUCUAGUUCUUGUUUUGUCUCUCUGAA